AUGGAUAUUUAUUUCUGCAUAUCAUGCCUUACAUUUGGCAUAGUUUUUAUGUAUGCCGUACUGUUGGUUCUGGUUUACAUUUCAUUACCACGGAAAAAGCCAUUAUUAUUUGAGGGAAAGCAUGCAUUCAUCACAGGUGGAUCGAAAGGUAUUGGAAAGGCAAUCGCCGUAGCCUUAAUUCGGCGCGGUUGUUCUGUUUCUUUGGUUGCACGUAACGUGAAACAGCUUGAAUUCGUGUGUAAUGAAUUAAACGCACUCGCAAAAACGGAGAGAAAUGGUGCAGUUGCAAAGUAUUACAGUGUUGAUGUCACUUCAUCCUACACGGUGCUGAAAAGAGUGGUAGAAGAAGCGGAAAAUGAACUUGGUGAUAUCAAUAUUUUGGUGAAUAACGCGGGGUAUGCUCUGCAAGGCGCUUUUGAUUCGGUUGAUGUAUCAGUAUAUGAGGAACAAAUGUAUCUGAAUUUUUUGAGCGCGGUUUAUAUAACUAAAGCAGUGGUGUCCAAAAUGAAAAAUUCACGAGAUGGUCAAAUCAUUUUUGUGAAUUCUGCAGCCGGUCAAUGUCCAAUUUGGGGAUAUACUGCUUACGGAGCAACAAAAUUCGCAAUGCGUGGUUUCGCUGAAGCAUUGUAUAUGGAGCUGCUUCCAUAUAGUGUUCAAGUAUCGGUAAUCUAUCCUCCAAAUACAAAUACCGAAGGCUAUCAGCGUGAAAUAUUGACAAUGCCAAAAGAAUUAAAAGAAAUCAGUGGUACCGCAGGACUAUUUGAACCAGAAAUGGUUGCUGAAUGCCUCAUUUAUAAUCUUUCUCGUGGUAAUUAUCACACAUGCAUUGGUUUGGAAGGCUGGGCACUUGGAGUAUUGUCAGCGGGUGCUGCACCGGAAAAGAGCUUUUUGCAAGCUGCUGCACAGGUACUUCUUGGUGGCUUGUUGCGGGGGAUCAUGCUGAUUUAUAUCGGUCAUUUUAACUGGAUAGUGGAGAAAUAUAGGCUUAAGCAAUGA